CAGUUCGUUGCAUUACGCCGAGAUGACUGGUAUUCUAACCUGUACAAUCGCUAAUUUUAACGAUUGAUAUCUUGGUUUGUGUUGCAGAGCGACAUUUUUUUCUGCCAGAUUCGUUAGUUUUAUGUGAAAAUGCGUCGAAUGAGGUUAAUUUCAUCAAAAUCGAGCGCGAUAUUGCUUCGCGCUUCGAGAACGACGGUACGAAAUGCAAUUGUUCUUUCGCAUAGCGCACGUGUAGAACAAUUAAGCACGCUAGACGUCACGAUGACCCAACGAAUUUUUAAGGGCCAUAAUGAUCAUUACAAUGGCAUUACAAUCGACUCUGUCGAAGAGGCCUGCGACAAUAAAAUAUUCACACAGCGUCUCAAAGAUUCUUUAGAACAAUGGACAAAGAACAGAAACCGUACUAUAUGGUUUCGCGUACACAUACCACAUACCGAGUGGGUUCCAAUAUUAACAGGACACGGAUUUAUCUUCCAUCACGCUAAAGAAGAAUAUGUCAUGUUAUAUCGUUGGUUGCCCAGUGACGAGGAAUGUAACGUCCCGAAAUAUGCGCAUACAUUUUUAGGUGUUGGUGCUUUUGUGUUCAACAAGGAUACAAAUGAAAUUCUUGUUAUUAAAGAAAAAUAUGCUAGUAAAGUAAACUGGAAGCUUCCAGGUGGUUACGUAGAACCAGGAGAAAAUAUUGAAGCGGCAGCCAAGAGAGAAGUUCUAGAAGAAACGGGAAUUCAGGCAGAAUUCAAAUGUUUAAUAUCUUUUAGACACGGGCAUGAUUAUUUCUUUGGAUGCUCGGAUAUAUAUAUGAUCGCAUAUCUAACACCUCAAAAUUUUGAAAUUGAGAAAUGUAAACGGGAAAUCUCGGAUUGCAGGUGGAUGAAGUUAAGUGAAUUCAUGCAACAUCCAGAAGUGCAUGCAAAUAAUAAAACUUUAGCAACAAAAACAUUGGACUUCCUUAGACAUCAAAUGGGCAUAGUUGUAAGUUAUGGAAUACAUCCGAUCACUAAAAAGCAGAUUUGUGUAUACAGUGUGGAGAAUACAGACAUUGGAAAUACAUCUGUAGAAUAAAUUUUAUUCGUAGAAUUGAUUAGAAAAAAAAAUUAUGUUUAUAUAUACAUAUAUAUAUAUAUACAUAUAUAUACAUAUAUAUAUAUAUAUAUAUACACAUACACAAAAUGCAAUAAUAGAUUUUAAUAGUAAUAAUGCAGGAAAAAACAUACAUAAAAGGGUUUUUGUCACUAUCGUUAUUAUAGAAGUAAAUAUACAAGAUGAUAAUAAUAGAUAUUAUAUUAAAUAAUAAUAAUAAGUUACUAAAUAACAUUGCAAAUUAAAGAUUAAAUAUUUUGUCUAACAAAUUAUAUUAAUUUGAUCAAGACUUAUUUUAUAUUAUCUCACAUAUAUUAUAUCACAAUAAGUUAAGAGUUAAGUUAUUGUAUUAUAUACAUAUAGCUAUAAAUAUCUUUCGGUUAUUUUACAACUAUUGUUAAUGUGAUAUGUACGAACAAGUUGCCAUAAAGUAAGUUUUAUCUUAUUUGCAUGAUUACAUUUUGAUUUCUCUUACAUAAAAUAAUACUUGUAUGUCAA